AUGGGGGGUGGGGGUGGCUGCGUGUUUCCGGAAGACGUGGCGGCUCUCGCCUGGGCUGUUUCCCCGGUUCAUUCCUCCCGGCUUUGCUUCACAUCUUGGGUUCCCGGAGCUGCUGCCGCCGCUGCCCUCGCCACUGCAGCCAUGAUCUCCUUAACAGACACCCAGAAAAUUGGAAUGGGGCUAACAGGAUUUGGAGUGUUUUUCCUGUUCUUUGGAAUGAUUCUCUUCUUUGACAAAGCUCUACUGGCUAUUGGAAAUGUUUUAUUUGUGGCUGGCUUAGCUUUUGUAAUUGGUUUGGAGAGGACAUUCAGAUUCUUCUUCCAGAAACAUAAAAUGAAAGCUACAGGAUUUUUCCUGGGUGGUGUAUUUGUAGUCCUUGUUGGUUGGCCUUUGAUAGGCAUGAUCUUUGAAAUCUACGGAUUCUUUCUCUUGUUCAGGGGUUUCUUUCCAGUGGUUGUUGGCUUUAUCAGAAGAGUGCCGGUCCUUGGGUCCCUCUUGAAUUUACCUGGAAUUAGAUCAUUUGUAGAUAAAGUUGGAGAAAGCAACACUAUGGUAUAACAACAAGUGACUUGAAGACUCAUUUAAAAUAUUGUAUUAUUUAUAAAAUCCUUUGAAGAAUAUUCAGCACAAAAUUAAAUUACAUGAUAUAGCUCGUAAUGUUCUUUACAGAAGUUUAAAACAAGUAUCCUACAAAGUACCAACAGCAGUUAACAAGGAAACAACGAAAACGGGCUUCUAAUCAAGUCAUCUAGGAGUCAGCAAGCAAACUGCAGGGGAUGGAAUCUGUUACAGUGCAUUAUCAGAACUCUUGAAGGCAGUUUUUAUUGUUUAUCUAAAAGGUGCAAAACCCAGCCGUCUUUAGAGACAGGGCCUGCCCCUUUUCUACCCUUCUGGAGGUGUAGGCAUGCUGUGGGCGUGUGCUGCUGAGAAAUGCCCGCUGCAGUGACAAGAGUAUUUCUAAUGUCUCUGAAGGUGACUGUGAGUCAGAUGGGAUUAUGUCAUGUUAGUGUAUUAACCAAGGAAACCCAGUUUGGAGGUUUGAAUCACUUCUUUUUUGUUGUUUUGUUUUGUUUUUGUUUUUUGUUUUUUUUUUUGGUAAACUGAUAGUUAAAGUAAACUUUUGUGGUUCUUCGGCAACUUAAAGCCAGAUGGCAAUCUGAAUGAAAUAUUCUUUGUUGUAACAUGCAAAGGUCAUUCUUUACUAGUUUGUAAAUGACAGCUGACUAUAAGCUCUUUUUUUGGUCAGCUGCAAACUUCAUAUUGCUUGGGAGUCUGUAGGUCAUUACAUAUAAACACCCAACAAAAUGCACUCUUGGCCUAGUCUGUUACAAAGCUUAUUUUAUUGAAUAGUCUUUCAUUCUAGAAACUAAAUGAUGCAAACCAAAUGGACUUCUUCCACAUCAUGAUGUAGUUUUUCUUUCUUUUUGUAAAUUUUAGGAGUUUAUUGUUUUGCUCUUCAUAAGUAAAAAUAACUGUUAAUAACGUUUACUUCCAGGUGUAACAUGUUAAAAGGUUAACCUUAGAGCUAUUUUUUAAGGGCUGGUUAUUUAAGGCUGAGUUUCCCCUUCUCUUCAUUAUAGAGAUCAGUAUGCAUGAGGUGUACACCAUAUGGUCAUCUUUGCUUUGAGUUUAUGGAGCCAAUGUCUAUUUUCACAUGCUGAAGUAUUUAACUGUAAUGAAAAUGAAACUGGCUAUCAUUUCUUAAAAACAUGACACUAAAAAAAUGGUGUGUGGGUUGUGUUGAUCACUGCUGCUUGUUAGGCAGUAAGAAACUGGUGGUUUCUUCAUGAGUAAAGGUGACAGUUUUUGUAGUAGUUAUAGGGAAUGCAUCUCAACAGCCAUCCUAUUAUUUGUUUUACCACUAAUGAUUGCACUAUUAACUUUAAAAAAAACUGAUAAACUUUUUAAUGUAUAAAAUGAUAAUUGAAAUUUGUGAUUUUUAUUUACAACCGUGUACAAAAUAAAUGACAGCUUGUGUUUUUAGUUCAAGCUCUUCAUGCACAGAAACUCCCAAACUCGCUUAUAUAAAGAAGGAAAGACUUGGUUGGUAUACAGGCCAGUGGUUCAGUCUUGUGGAUUACUGUGUUUUUGGUACUGGCAUUUGACUUAACAAUCUGUGAAAAUAGGUGAUAUUGAUGAAAUGAGACUCCUACCUCAAUAGUUCAUGGAAUCAUAAGAAACUAGUGUUGUGUCUGAUGUUCUUCAAAGAAGUAAUAUUCUCACUUGGGAAAAGUGUCAAAUAUAUACAUAUUUGUAGGAUGGACUUAUGAAAGGUGUCCUGUCAGACUCUGUUAUAUGUUUUAGACUGACCCAUGUGAUUUAUAGUGGCAAGAUGAUUCCAACCUUUUAGAGCAAGAACAGUAUCUGUUAGUGUAAAGAACUCUAUAUUACCUAACUCGUUUGUUGAAGUGAAUUUCUAUCAUAAUGUUCUUUGCACUAUCACAAAGAUCUUUUUCAACAAUCUUCUUUCAGAAAGCAUCACUAGAUAGGUGUGUGUAAAGGAUUUGCUAAUCUCCAGUCCUUUGUAAACUGAUAGAUUGGAGCAGUUUUCAGUUUUAAAUGAAGCCACAGUCAGUCUCCAAUGUGAGCUUGGGCCACCUGACAGCACUGCAUUUUUCUUAUUCAGAACCAUUGAUGAGGCUCUGUUUCUAAACUUACUAAUCUUGUGUGACGGGAAGCAUUGGACAUUCUAUUAUUUCUUCCUUUCAAAAAUUAGCCUUCUGUCUUUGUGACAAAAAUAUACUCUGUUUAUUGCUGUAAAGAUGGAGGAAAAGGUCUAAUACUACUUAGCCUUAACUGUUUUUGGCAUUGUUCAAAUGUAUUUUCUGUAACAGAAACUUAUUUGGAAUGUUUUUCUUUUCUCCUUAUAAAUUGUAAUUCCUGGAGUUUCACUGCUUUAAAAAGUCUCAGCCAAAUUAUAUGAUCUAACAAUUGAAUAUUGUAAAUACACUUGUCUUACCUCUCAAUAAAAGGGUACUUUUC